GUCAUUUCAUAACCCGCAUAGAUUGUAGCUUUUCCUAAUUCCUAGAGGAUUUUCGCAUCUGUUCAGUUUCUUAUCUCUCUAUAUAUUGUAGUUAUAUAAGCUGGUCUAUUGAUUUUGCAUCUGUUCAAUUUCUCAUACGGAUAUCACUUGUUACAUUCUUCCUACGCAAUCAUAACUAUUUAACUUCUUGUUUUCUUAUUACCUUGUUAGGAUGUUACUUGACUAUGUUUGAUACUUAGGUUGAAUAGCUUUUUAUCUCUGGCUUAUGAGAACAAUUGACCACUCUAACUGUUUAAUAUUAUUCAAUAAUAGAUUAUAGAAAUAUGAUCUCUGUUUGAUUCUCCAAAACUUCUCUAGUAAUCAAAAACAGAAAACUGCAAAUUUCUGAAAGUACUGACAUGGGUUUGGUUGUGAUGCUGAGCCUCUGAGAUUGAGUAGAAGUUUUCACCUCUCGCUAGCAUGCAGGAUGAUACUAUUGUUAAUUUUGAUCUUGUUUUAAAAGUGCUCUUACUCCCUGCUUUAGUUUUUCUUAUAAAUACAUACUUCAGUUCGUGCAAGGGGAAGUGUCUUACUGUAUAUGUGCGUGGGAAUGGUACUAAGAUACUUGGGUCCUCUGGGAGCCUUAAAACUUCUGGUUUCUGUAUAAUGAGUAGUUUACCUUUUACUGGUGUUAUGAUAGCUUUUUUUAACUGUCUUGGAAGUUGGAUCAAGCAGGUGCGGGAACUAGAAAAUAACCUAUACUUUAAUGCUGGUAGAGGGUCUGUCCUAACCAGCAAUGGUACAGUAGAAAUGGAAGCAUGUAUCAUGGAUGGGAAUACGAAAAACUGUGGAGCUGUUUCUGGCUUAACCACUGUUGUCAAUGCUAUAUCUCUGGCUAGGCUGGUCAUGGAAAAAACUCCACAUAUAUAUCUUGCAUUUGAGGGAGCCGAGGCAUUUGCGAGGGAGCAGGGGGUUGAAACCACGGACUCAAGCCAUUUUAUCACACCACGGAAUAUCGAGAGACUAAAACAAGCAAAAGAGGCAAACAAAGUCCAGGUUGAUUAUAAUACACGGCCUAUACCAAAAGAUGACAAAACACCAGCUCCAAGUGGAGAUAGCCAGCUAGGGACAGUUGGAUGUGUAGCUGUUGACAGCUUUGGACAUUUAGCUGCUGCUACAUCUACUGGAGGACUAGUAAACAAGAUGGUUGGAAGGAUAGGAGAUACUCCCGUUAUUGGUGCAGGUACGUAUGCAAACAAACUAUGUGCAGUCUCUGCUACAGGCCAAGGUGAAGCUAUAAUCCGUGCCACUGUAGCAAGAGAUGUGGCUGCUCUAAUGGAGUAUAAAGGGCUUUCUCUCAAGGAAGCAGCAGACUACGUUAUAGAGCAAUCUGCGCCAAAAGGAACCACUGGCCUGAUUGCUGUAUCAGCCACUGGAGAAGUUACCAUGCCAUUUAAUACAACUGGAAUGUUCAGAGCUUGUGCAACUGAAGAUGGUCAUACAGAGUUAGCAAUUUGGUAACUAUUCAUUAGAAUAGGUUAGUCUUUGUUGUAUAUUCUUGCUAUUGCAAAUCAUUUAGAGUAAAUUUACUAGAAUAUUUUCCUAAUUCCUAUUGUGUAUGGUCUAAAAUUAACUUCUAAUCACACCAAGGAAAUGUGACUUGAAUCUCCUUGACAUAAAAGAGGAUUCUUUCUGUAUAGUGUAAAGGAGGUUUAAAGAAUUACUUGGAUCAUGAGUUUGGUAUA